AUGGCACCCAAGAAAGUAUGCAUCAUUGGCUCUGGCAACUGGUAGAUACCUUUUUAUAUUGAUUUGUUCUAAAAUGUUUAGGCUAUUUGAUUAAGUCUUUCUGAACUGAUGAUGCAGAAUUAUCUUACUGUACUGUACAAGAGACAGCUGUUUUUCCAUGUCAGUGGUUUUCAAAUGCCUUUCACUUACCGGACUGUAAUUUGAGUUGGUAAUAAUACUGUCAACCUUUGAGUUGGUUGUGUAUCAGGUUGUAGGUUAUAGAAGUGCAGGUGUUUGAGAAGAGUGGAUCGAGUGAUCUCACUAGAAACAGAUGACUGUUUGAAAAUGACUGUGUAGAGCACUGUUGCUGUUUGCUUUCCCCAGCUUUCUUUGUUUGCCUUAUCAGACUAAUAUUAAUAAUAAUAAUAACACUUUUAUUGUCUCGAUUAUGCUUACCUAUGGUGGUAAUAAUGCAACAUAACUGGGGCAAAUAUCAGAAUUUUAUUGCAUCUACUGGAAUUGCUGGAUUAUUUUAGUUUCAGCUUGUGACAGCACUGGAUGUUUGCAUAAUACAGUUCUACUCCUUAUAGUUUAAACACACAAACACACACACAUGCACAAACACAGGCUGCCUCCAAUUCACUGUAUGCAUGAGAUCAGGUAAUGACUAAAUAAAAUGUUUCUGAUUAUAUGUUUCUGUCGGUGAUGAGGAGAUGGGAAUACCAAAGUCUAAACUCUAACCUACAGGCUUUAAACCUCUGUGAUAAAACGACACUAUGAUUCUUCAUGAUACACAAACCACCAUUUACAAAGUGGUGAUUAGCUCAUAUUAACCAUAUUAUAUAAUGAAGUUGAAGGGUGGUAUGUCCAACCAACCUGGACUCAGGGGUAGACGUAACAUACAGUUGAAGUCGGAAGUUAAUAUACACCUUAGCGAAAUACAUUUAUACUCACAAUUCCUGACAUUUAAUCCUAGUAAAAAUUCCCUGUCUUAGGUCAGUUAGGAUCACCACUUUAUUUUAAGAAUCUGAAAUGUCAGAAUAAUAGUAGAGAGAAUUAUUUAUUUAAGCUUUUAUUUCUUUCAUCACAUUCCCAGUGGGUCAGAAGUUUACAUACACUCAACUAGUAUUUGGUAGCAUUGCCUUUAAAUUGUUUAACUUGAGUCAAAUGUUUCGGGUAGCCUUCCACAAGCUUCCCACAAUAAGUUGGGUGAAUUUUGGCCCAUUCCUCCUGACAGAGCUGGUGUAACUGAGUCAGGUUUGUAGGCCUCCUUGCUCGCACACGCUUUUUCAGUUCUGCCCACAUAUUUUCUAUAGGAUUGAGGUCAGGGCUUUGUGAUGGCCACUCCAAUACCUUUACUUUGUUGUUCUUAAGCCAUUUUGCCACAACUUUGGAAGUAUGCUUGGGGUCAUUGUCCAUUUGGCAGACCCAUUUGCGACCAAGCUUUAACUUCCUGACUGAUGUCUUGAGAUGUUGCUUCAAUAUAUCCACAUAAUUUUCCUUCCUCAUGAUGCCAUCUAUUUUGUGAAGUGCACCAGUCCCUCCUGUAGCAAAGCACCCCCACAGCAUGAUACUGCCACCCCCGUGCUUCACGGUUGGGAUGGUGUUCUUCGGCUUGCAAGCCGACCCCUUUUUCCUCCAAACAUAACGAUGGUCAUUAUGGCCAAACAGUUCUAUUUUUGUUUCAUCAGACCAGAGGACAUUUCUCCAAAAAGUACGAUCUUUGUACCCAUGUGCAGUUGAAAACCAUAGUCUAGGUUUUUUAUGGCGGUUUUGGAGCAGUGGCUUCUUCCUUGCUGAGCGUCCUUUCAGGUUAUGUCGAUAUAGGACUCGUUUUACUGUGGAUAUAGAUACUUUUGUACCUGUUUCCUCCAGCAUCUUCACAAGGUCCUUUGCUGUUGUUCUGGGAUGGAUUUGCACUUUUUGCACCAAAGUACGUUCAUCUCUAGGAUACAGAACGCGUCUCCUUCCUGAGCGGUAUGACGGCUGCGUGGUCCCAUGGUGUUUAUACUUGCGUACCAUUGUUUGUACAGAUGAACGUGGUACCUUCAGGCGUUUGGAAAUUGCUCCCAAGGAUGAACCAUACUUGUGGAGGUCUACAAUUUUGUCUGGCUGAUUUAUUUUGAUUUUCCCAUGAUGUCAAGCAAAGAGGCACUGAGUUUGAAGGUAGGCCUUAAAAUACAUCCACAGGUACACCUCCAAUUGACUCAAAUUAUGUAAAUUAGCCUAUCAGAAGCUUCUAAAGCCAUGACAUCAUUUUCUGGAAUUUUCCAAGCUGUUUAAAGGCACUAUAGUUUGUUAACAAGAAAUGUGUGGAGUGGUUGAAAAAAGAGUUUUAAUGACUCCAACCUAAGUGUAUGUAAACUUCCGACUUCAACUGUAGUAAACGUAAAUCCAGGAUCUCCAAUUAGUAUGAUAUGUUAUGUUUCGUAUGGUAUGUAUUAAUUUGUUGAUGUCCAUCAUCCAUUUCGUAUGAAUUACUAUUCGUAUUAUAUGUUAAGAAUUGCAAUUCGUACAAUAUGUUACGAAUUGAAAUUCGUACAGUAUGUUAUGAAUUUGCAAAACGUAUGAUAUGUUACGAAUUCCAAUUUGUUGUAACUAAUGUUCGCUAGCUGGCUAGGUGGCUAAUGCUAAUGUUGGCUAGGUGGUUAACGCUAAUGUUAGCUAGGUGGCUAAUGUUAGCUGGGUUAGGGUUAGGGGUUAAGGUUAGGAUUAGGAGUUAGGUUAAAGGGUUAGGGGAAGGAUUAUCUAACAUGCUAAGUAGUUGCAAAUAGCUAAAAAGUAGUAAGUAAAGUUGCAAAAAUUGUAAAUUUGUCCAUGAUGCGAUUUGAACACGCAACUUUGGGUUGCUAGAAGUUCACAUUAUACGCCGACCAACCACUGAACUUUCGUUUUUGCCUUAAGUAACCUUCUGUCUUAUGUAACCAGACCAAAUGUAACAUAUCAUACCAAUUUGAGUGUCCCGGAUUUACAUUUACUAUGCUACCUCUAGUCUGAGACCAGGCCAUGCUGCUAUGACAACAAACGCUUAGAACUGCUGCACUGCAGGGUCUUCCUCAGGAAUGCUCUUAUGUUCUCUGAGGUUGGAUUGUGUUGUUGGGUUGUGUUGUGUAGUGUUGUGUUGUGUAGGUUACUAGAACAAUCGGGGGGAAGUUGCUGAAUCAAUAUUGAGUUGUCUGAUCUUUAAAAUAUCACUCUUGCCUCAUUGUUUGGUGUAAAAUAAGGCCUUGUUUGAGUAAUCACUACUACUGUCAUUAUACUAAUUAUGUGUGGUGUAUAUUCAUUGUAAACGGUGUAUGAGCAACAUUAAUUAUUGUCACAAUAAUAAUUUACGAGUCCACUUUUGACAAAUUACACCAUUAUUUUCCUCUCCCAGCAUUUGUUGCAUAAUAUUUGGUGCUAGAAAGCUUAACUGAUUGGCAGCAGUGAGAGACAAGCUUCAUUAACCAAAUACAAUUGCAAGACUGAUUGGUUGGGUCCAAUGGGGACAUUCAACAUUCAAGCAUCUCACUUCUAGCCUGUUUAUCUCUCAAAGUGGGAAUACCUCACUGGGUUUUGCACCCUGCUCUAAUACUAGUGUGAAGUCUAUCAUCCAUUCAAUUGGAAGUAAUCUCCUCAGCUCCGAAAAUGUGGAGAACAGGAAUGAAACAAUGGGAUUGUUUGAAAUUGACACUUUUGUUUCACAUCUACAGGGGUUCUGCCAUUGCCAAGAUUGUGGGCACCAACGCAGGAAAGCUUGACAUAUUCGACACGACAGUGAACAUGUGGGUGUUUGAGGAGACGGUGAACGGACGCAAACUCACAGAGAUCAUCAAUACAGACCAUGAGAACGUCAAGUACCUGCCUGGACACAAGCUGCCUCCCAACAUCGUAAGACUCAUUCAUUUCAGGUUUUCAAAAUGCUCUGAAAAAGAAUAUGUGUAUUCAUAAUUAAAGAAGUAACCCAGAACCAAAUCUCUCGUGCAGCUAACAUUUAUGUUUACAGUUUGUCACGAUCGAAAUCAAAACAAUGCAUGUAUCACCUUUUUGGUUCAAUAUUUUAUUUAUUUAUUAUUACCUGAUUAUUAACUAAUCAUAACGUAAUAAUGUAUUAUUACCAACUUUAAAAUUUAAGUCUGCCACACUUAAUCCGAUUAAUGUCAUCCCCAUGUAGGUGGCUGUUCCAGAGGUGACGGAUGCUGUGAAGGGAGCAGACAUCCUGAUCUUCGUUAUUCCACACCAGUUCAUCAACAGAAUCUGUGACACCAUCAGAGAACACAUCAAGAAGGAUGCUGUGGGCAUGUCUCUUAUCAAGGUGAGUGGCUUUGCUUUCAGGGCCUGUUUGAAUAAGGCCAGAUGUUCAAUUCAGCAGCAAACAAUUGCCUUUUUGAAGGGCGAACUUCUGAUUUAAUUUACAGAAUUGAAUACUGCUGCUUCUAAUUGUUGCUUGUUGCUGUAAAUAGAAUGUGUUCUCAGUCCCAAAGGGUGAAGAGGGGUGAGGCAGAUCUACAUUCCUAGUGUUCUGGUGUUUCAGGGUGUGGAUGAGGGUGAUAAUACUAAUAGAUGUAUCCAUGGGGAUAUACGUUUCAGGGUGUGGAUGAGGGUCCCGAGGGGUUGAAGCUGAUUUCUGAUGUCAUCAGAGAGAAGCUGGGCAUCACCAUGACAGUACUGAUGGGGGCCAACAUUGCCAACGAAGUCGCAGAGGAGAAAUUCUGCGAGACCACAAUCGGUAAGGAGUGUGUGUGUGUGUGUGUGCAAAGCUAUGCCCUGCAUCUGUAUAUUUGAUGCGUAUGAAGUAUAAUCAAGGUGUAUUUGGUUGCUUUGGAAAAUAGAACCCAGUACAUCUCAUCCAUUAAAAGAGCCCAUGCCGAUGCUUUUGUGUUACAGUAGUAAAUAUCGAUGCAUUUUAUGAUAUGAUGGUAUUUGGGAUAUUUCAUGUGUAAUAAUGUUUGUAUUCUUCCCCCAGGCUGUAAGAACCAGGACUGGGGCCCCAUCCUGAAGGAACUGAUGCAGACCAUUAACUUUAGAGUCACUGUGGUGGUGGAGGCCGAUGUCGUAGAGAUCUGUGGAGCUCUCAAGGUCUGCUUUUUUUCUCAUAAAAUGCUUUUACGUUGAUCUCUUUCUGGUGAGAUUAACUUCACAGUCAAACACCACUGUCAGUAUGAAAUUAUGAUAUAGUAAUCGCUUGCUUAAUUUCUUAUUGCGGUAGUACAAUGCGCCUAAUGAUGGCAUGCCAUAGCUUUCUGUUUUUCAUGGAAGCUGCAAGGUCCUCUAUUCUGACCAGUGUCUUGGCAGAUUAUCCACAAAUGUCUCCUGUGGUCUUCUGGGAGAUCUUCACCUAUAAGACAUGUGGAAUCAAAUCAAAUCAAAUCGUAUUUGUCACAUGCGCCGAAUACAACAGAAUAUGUACAUGUAGGUAGAGUUAUUAAAGUGACUAUGCAUAGAUAAUAAACAGAGAGUAGCAGCAGCGUAAAAGAGGAGGGGGGGGGGGGGGGGGGUAGCCAUUUGAAUCUAGAUCUACACAGAGUAAAGAACAGGUAUCCCUCCCCAGAACAUAGUGGCGGUGGGAGCAGGGUUCUGUGACGGCCUGGGCUUCGGUGAUAACACGAAGGCAGCGGUGAUCAGACUGGGGCUGAUGGAGAUGAUCUCCUUCGCCCGGAUAUUCUGCACCGCUGGACCCGUCUCCCCCGUCACAUUCCUGGAGAGCUGUGGCGUCGCCGACCUCAUCACCACCUGCUACGGCGGACGUAACCGCAAGAUCGCAGAGGCCUUCGCAAAAACAGGAAAGGUGAAGAAUGUGGAAAGCGAGAGGAAUACAAGGGGCAUUGUUGAUAUUCUGAGAUUCUCUCUCUCUCUGUUGUUCUCUCUCUCUAUUGUUCUCUCUCUGUUGUUCUCUCUCUCUGUUGUUCUCUCUCUCUGUUGUUCUCUCUCUCUCUGUUGUUCUCUCUCUCUCUCUGUUUUUUCUCUCUCUCUGUUGUUCUCUCUCUGUUGUUCUCGCUCUGUUGUUCUCUCUGUUGUUCUCUCUCCUCUGUUGUUUUCUCUCUCUCUGUUGUUCUCUCUCUCUUGUUUUCUCUCUGUGUUUGUUCCUCUCUCUCUCUCCUGUUUGUUUCUUCUGUCUCUCUGUUGUUCUCUCUCUCUCUCUUUUGUGUUCUCUCUCUCUGUUUUCUCUCUCUCUCUGUUGUUCUCUCUCGGUUGUUCUCUCUCUCUCUGUUGUUCUCUCUCUCUGUUGUUCUCUCUCUGUUGUUCUCUCUCUGUUGUUCUCUCGCUCUGUUCUCUCUCUGUGUUGUUCUCUCUCUCUGUUCUCUCUCUCUCUGUUGUUCUCUCUCUGUUGUUCUCUUUCUCUGUUGUUCUCUCUCUGUGUUGUUCUCUCUCUCUCUGUUGUUCUCUCUCUCUCUGUUGUUUCUCUCUCCUCUGUUGUUCUCUCUGUCUCUCCUCUGUUGUGUUCUCUCUCUCUGUUGUUCUCUCUCUCUCUGUUGUUCUCUCUCUCUCUGUUGUUCUCUCUCUCUCUGUUGUUCUCUCUCUCUGUUGUUCUCUCUCUCUGUUGUACUCUCUCUCUCUGUUGUUAUCUCUCUCUCUGUUGUUCUCUCUCUGUUGUUCUCUCUCUGUGUUGUUCUCUCUCUGUGUUGUUCUCUUUCUCUGUUCUCUCUCUGUUGUUCUCUCUCUGUGUUGUUCUCUUUCUCUGUUGUUCUCUCUCUCUGUUCUCUCUCUCUCUCUGUUAUUCUCUCUCUCUCUGUUGUUCUCUCUGUGUUGUUCUCUCUCUCUCUGUUGUUCUCUCUCUCUCUGUUGUUCUCUCUCUCUGUUUGUUCUCUCUCUGUUGUUCUCUCUCUCUCUGUUGUUCUCUCUCUUCUCUCUCUGUUGUUCUCUCUCUCUGUUGUUCUCUCUCUCUGUUGUUCUCUCUCUCUCUUUUCUCUCUCUGUUGUUGUUCUCUCUCUGUGUUGUUCUCUUUCUCUGUUGUUCUCUCUCUCUGUUGUUCUCUCUCUGUGUUGUUCUCUUUCUCUGUUGUUCUCUCUCUCUCUGUUGUUCUCUCUCUCUCUCUGUUGUUCUCUCUCUGUUGUUCUCUCUCUCUGUUGUUUUCUCUCUAUCUCUCUCUCUGUCGUUCGCUCUCUUUUUUCUCUCGCACCCUCCCCCCCUCACUCUCUCUUUUCUCAAUAAAAAAAGCUAAUGUACACAAUUUGUAGACAAUUGAGGAGUUGGAGAAGGAGAUGUUGAAUGGUCAGAAGCUCCAGGGUCCAGCAACCGCAGCUGAAGUCAACCACAUUCUGAAGAAGAAGGGCCUGGUGGACAAGUGAGUUACAAUUAUAGUAUAUUAAUGUUAACAUUCAUAUAGUGGAUGAGUUUGGCUUCAGAAUCUUCUGAUAACGAGUUUUGUUUCUAUGCUAGAUAGGCCUGCAACUAUCAGUAACUACUACCAACAGUAAAUAGUAAACACACAAGUAACACUCCAUCCCACAAGUGAGGAGACACUGACCUGCACAGUGAGAAGAGCUGUCAGGUGUCAUGGCCCCUGACAAUGUGCCCCUAAGCAACCAAUCAGGGCCCAGGUCCACAGGUCACAGAGAGUUUGAGAGGCUGGUUUAUGGUACCCCCUAGACUCUCAGGCACCACUCCUGGGGGAUGGGGAGUGGAGUGUGCAGAUUGAAAGGGUUGCGAGGUGCUGAUAAGAGUCACCGGUAGGGAAUUCGUAAGAAUGUUCUUAAUUGAACAUCCGAAUUACAUGUAUAAACCAAUCUUAUAACCUUUUCACACUACUGAGCCGAACCGAGCCAAGCCAUAGUUGCUGGAACUGUGCUGGAAAGAACCAUGUGAAAGGCGAUAUAUGAGCCAGGACAGUACGGUUUGGACAAGGUUGAAGAUGACAGGUUAAGACAAGGAUUCUAAUAUCCCAUAACUCUUUGCAUAAAUGAGGAAGGAUUCUAAACAAUGGGACCAGCUAUGCUAGUUAGCAACAGGUGGUCCCAUGAAUCUGUUCAUUUUCUAAAAGCUUCCGCAUAGAAUCAUAACUUGUCCUAACCUGGGUAUCUUCAACCUAGGGUUCGGGUAGGCCCUAUAGUGUGGAUCAGGCAUUUUAACACUAAAACCGUUAUCCCAUCUUUCCUCCCUCCAGGUUCCCCUUGUUCAACGCUGUCAACCAGAUCUGUUUCCACGGACACCCCGUCAAAGAGUUCAUCAGCUGUUUGCAGAACCACCCUGAACACAUGUAACUAACUGAAGGAUGCUGCUACUCGGAUGCUUUAAAUGUUGGAAACAGCUGGAGGAAGGAAGGGAGGGAGGGAGGAAGGAAGGAAGGGAGGGAGGGAGGAAGGAAGGAAGGAAGGAAGGAAGGAAGGAAGGAAGGAAGGAAGGAAGGAAGGAAGGAAGGAAGGAAGGAAGGAAGGAAGGAAGGGAGGAAGGGAGGGAGGGAGGGAGGGAGGGAGGGAGGGAGGGAGGGAGGGGGAGGAAGGAAGGGAGGAAGGAAGGAAGGGAGGGAGGGAAGGAAGGGGGAGAAGCAGGUUGGAUGAUGAUUGCGCUGCAUCUAACUCACCUCUGUUUGAAAUUAAUCCUAAGAAAAGGGAGAGGAAACCUCAGCUCCUUCCUGGGCUGCUGGAAUAUUCAAACAACUCAUAACCCCCUGUUCUGUUCCAACUGAUUAUUCAUCUAUUAUUGGUGACGUUGUCACUAGGCAAUGUUUCAGUAAUGUGUCAGUGCUGUUUAGAAACUGUCAGAAAGACAUUUUGUUUAGAAUGCCCAUAUCCCUUAGUCUUUAACAGGUGAAUUUUCUUCUGGGAGGGGAAGUGAAUGGAUGUGCUUUGGAAGUAAAACUUCAAAUUGUCUUAAAAGAGUUUCCAUUGUCAACAUGAGAAUGGCAGCUAUCUUGUGGAAGUUGCAUUUUACAUAGUCUGGCAAUCCCACACAAAAACACAUGAAAGAAGUGCCUUGACAUGCCUUUUCACCCAGUCACUGGUUAAUAUUAGUCUUGCAAACAGUUUCUGUUAACUUGUUAUGUUUAAACAAAGGACUUGACUAAACAACCGUUGUUCACUGCUUAUCCCUGGUUACAGCCUUCAUGAUGUCCUCUUUACUGAAGUAGCUUAUGGCUUGCCUUGCUUAUAUGAAUGGAUGACAUUUAUUUUUGAAUAAAUUGUUCAAAUAAUUCCCCCCUAAUGUUUUGGACUGCUUCAAUGGUUUGACCUGUGCGAUGCUACAGUGUAAAGUGCAGAGGACCUUCCCACACAUGCUGUGCUCUCAGCACCGCUCCGUGAAAUGUGAUCUCAAUCUGACUAGUCUGCUGCCCUAAACUCUUCACCUUUACCAUUUUCUAGAGGGACGACUGCAACCUUUCUGUUCUGCUGAGAUGUAGAUUUCUCAGUACUCUCGUCUGAAACGAUUGGAGGAAAUGCAUGGGGCCAAUUUAAUAUAAUCAGAACACGUGAUUAUAUCUUGUUUUGGAGCAAGGGAAUAAGUGUGUGUAUUGAAUCUUGCUGAAUAAUUAGCCAAUUAAAUAUUUCAUUUUCUCUUUUCAGAUUUCUGAGGGUUCCAUUAUGCCAAAAUAA